GAGUUGACGCGGGAAAAUCGUGUUGUAAUCCGUUUCACUUCACUAAGCUCUUACCAUCAAAGAAAUCCCUAAACCUUGAAGUUACCAGGUUCCGCUAAAAUAACUGCUAAACAUAUAAACGUUAACAAAUGUUUUACUACCCAAAUGUCCUCCACCGCCAUACAGGAUGUUUUUCCACAAUUUGGUUAGCAGCCACCAGAGGUAUCAGGGUCACUCGCAGAGAGCUUCUCAAAGUCAAUGUCAAGCGAACAUGUAUGGACAUUUUGGACUAUGUGACAGCUCAGGUUCCUCCACCCCAACCCAACCUGCCGAGGCCUCGGUUCUCUCUCUACCUGUCGUCCCAGCUGCAGUAUGGCGUGGUCGUGGUCUACCACAGACAAUGUGCCUUCCUUCUCGAGGAGGUUCAACAGACCAUUGACCGCCUGCUGCGCUCUAAAAGAUGCAUAUGUAUUGACAUUGCUGAGUCUGACAGGCUGGCCUUGGAUAUGCCUGACAGCCUGUACAGGAUGGAGGAGGCUGAGGGAGCUCAGGACCCCUUCUUCGGUCUCAUGGACUCACACCAACUGCCCAGCCCCUACAAAAUACACCAGCCAACGUUGGUGAAUGAAGAGGCAGGUUCACAGCACUCCCUGGUGCCCAGUCCCCACACCUCACUCGACAAAGACGGUUUCAGGUCACCUCCAGCUGCCAUCACGCUGACAGAGAAGUCGCAGUUGCUCAUCACCCCUGCUGAGUAUUUCGAGGGAGAUGACCUUCCUGAAGCCACGGCCAGAGAGAUUGACUUGUUGAUGGAUCAACCUGAUCAGUUUCGUGGAGAAGUGGCUGAGGCCGAGCAGAGGAGCCGGGGACUUGAAGGAGCCAUGACCUCUAUUGAUCAGUUGAAGGUGACGGAGCUGGGAGCAGAGCGAGACAGUGUGAUGCUACCAGGUGAAGAGUCGGGUCAGUCUGUGGGGGUUCCUCUGGCAGCUGUUCCCCUGGAGAUGACCCCGCCGCAGGUUACCAUGCCAACCUCACCUUCUGGUGCAUCUGGGAAAGAGGGAGACAGAGCAACAGAAAGUCCCAAUGAAGAGGUGGUCGUUCCUCCACUCAGGAAGCCUGGUGGAGGUCGCAGGCGUCAGCUGGUCUUUGCAGACCCUCAGGUCCAGAUAUCAGACAGAGCAAUGCAGGAACAGAUCAGAAACCCGCUGGCCGAGACACAGGACCUGUCCGCGGUGUUGCUGGAUGUGCCCUCCUUGACUAAGCGUGCCACACCUGCUCAGCUCUUCAGCGCCCCCUGUGGAUCCCUCCAUACUGACCUCCAAUUGCUAUGGAAACACUGUGCCUCCCUCACUGUCCUGCCUGGACACUGCGAAAAACAGAGGGGGGAGGUGGAAGACCAGGAGGAGGCAAGAGAGGAGUCAGAGCAGGACAGAGAAAUACUGAGGACAGAGAGAAAGAGGACGCACUCAGGCAUGAGGGAGAUAUCCAGUGAGUCAGGACUGCCCCCCUUAGAGGGCUCAUCUGCAUUAGAUGUGAUCCUGGACAUGUCCAAAGAGGACAAAUCUGUAAGCGAUGUGAUCACUCCUGUCAGCAGAUGGUCUCCGCAGGAGGAGGCCCAGCCACCGAUGGAGCGUAUAGUGGAGGAGAACAUCGAGAUGCCCGAGGCUCAGACGGACGCAGAGAGCAGUGACAUGCUGAGCUGGAUCUCCUCCAAACUGCAGAGGUCUGGAGAAGUCACCUUUGACUCUCUGGUACCCCCAGAGGCCGACCGCACCACUGCAGCUCACACACUCUACAAAGUGCUGGAGCUGCUGUCUGCUGGCCAGGUGACGGUCCAACAGACUGAACCGUACAGUGACAUCACCAUCAGCCCUGCAGCACUGCCUGAUCACUGACUCACACUACAGUCCUGGACAAGUAAUUCAUGAUACCUGUUUUAAUUUGAUCCUGUGUAACACAUGAAACACAUCAAAUCUCGCACUCAUGAUAUCUUACAUUGUUAAAAAAAAAAAAAAAAAUGUUUUAUAUAAUUGUUAAAUGA